CUCAGAAUUAUGUUGUGAGAUAUUAAGAUCACCCGUUUUACGUUCUGUCAUAGACAACUUUUCAUUCAGGAUAUUCUGAAUAAUCUUUUACCGUGCAGUGAUCUUUAAGAAGAUUCUAUAUAAGCAUAACUAGCCACUCGCUCCUUCCUUCUCAACUUCCAUCACUUCAUCCUCUUCAAUUUUCUUCAAUACAUUUCCCUUUAAUUACCAACAUGUCCAAUGAAUCUUCUUCUCUGAUCAGUACAAUAGGUGAUAUUCUUGGUCCAUUUAAUCUGUCGGUGCCACUACGAAUUACAUACAACAACAGGCCAGUCAUUAAUGGUUGUGAUUUACGGCCUUCUGCUAUCUUAAAUCGACCAAUGGUUGAAGUCGGAGGAGAUGACUUCCGUGUUUUCUACACACUUGUAAUGGUAAACCUGGAUGCUCCAAAUCCAAGCAAUCCAACUUUGAGAGAGUAUUUACACUGGAUGGUAACUGAUAUUCCUGCAACAACAAAUGUAACAUUCGGUAGGCAGUUGAUCAGCUACGAGAGCCCUCGGCCGAUGAUGGGGAUUCACCGCAUUGUUUUUAUGCUCUUCCGGCAGCUUGGAAGAAACACGGUGUUCGAGCCAGACCUAAGGCACAAUUUCAGCACAAGGAGCUUUGCACAAGAAUACAACCUUUCCUUGCCGGUCGCCGCCGUCUACUUCAACUGUCAACGAGAAGCAGGCUCUGGUGGCCGAAGGUUUCACAACUGAUCCUUCAGAAAAUAUUUAAACUAUAUAUAUAUAUAUAUAUAGACAGAAAUUCUGAAUGGAAUUUCUUUUAAAACAAACUUAUAUAGAAAUUUAUUAUCAGCAAUUUUUCUUUAUUGAAUUUGUGUUCACCAACUUUAGUUAUUGAGCAUAAGGUUUCAUUUGGGACGUC